AUGGCGCCAUGUCGGAUGCAAUUCGGCGAACAUCGGCUCAACCAUAGAACACGUAGUUGCAAUCCGCUUCAGAUCAGAUGUGCUGAAUUUGCGCAAUCCUUAGCCAGAGUGGACGCAAAGUCCGGAGCAUCGCGGAGUAUGAAAUACGAAGUUCUGCUUGAUGGUGGUGAUGACCCUCUUGAUCUCGUCAUCGUCCGCUGCGGAAUUCGCCCUCAGUGGCGGCGACACGAUCUCAACAUCCAGCAGGGAAUAAGGUUAGCCGUUGAGUUCAUGAUCCCAGUCAUCAUCCUGGUGGUAGAUAAGACUUCUAUCUCGCUCGAUGUUUCAGUGGAGGUAGUCCAAAUUUUACGUCAGCGCUGCUCUUGGGUGACCUGGAUCGUCUACAUAAGCGAAGGGCUCAUCUUCAGCGGCGAACUGAGCUCGGGGGUCGUUGACAUCUAUCCCGGCUGCUACCAGAGUGUUAUAUAUCAGAAUAUCGCAAUGGUGUGCUUCAUAGCCAUCUCCGCCCAUUCUCCUGCCAGUGUCAUUAUUUACAACGAUGCAACCGUUCUGGACCAUCGCUGCCUGGUUUGGGGGCAUCUCGAUCUCGACAAUGUCGUUCUUGUCGGUGUUCAACCUGUACGGGAUUAG